AGUGUUUCAGAAGACAAAACUGAGAGCUUCAAAGACAACAGACAAGCUGUUUAGGGCAAUCGCCAGUGACAAACCUUUGACAAUAGAAAGGGAAACAGAGACCCCUUGACAAUUCAGGCCAUCAGCACAACAACACACAGACAGCAGCACAAUGACAGAGAAGCAAAUGACGCCUCGGAAGAAUUCGUGUCCCCGCCCACUGGUUUCAGCUGUGCGCUGUCAUUGGCCCUUUGCUAUGUUUUUUUCUCAGGGAGUGGGUCUCCUCUGAACUCAUCCGAACUAGUACACACAUGAUCGUAGUCACACGCGCAACCCACCACGGCGCUACGCUGCGACUCUUGCGUCCGACAUAUCAGGAAUUCGAGAGGGCUUUUUCAAUCGUCAACCGAGUUGUGCGCUGACGGGGUCUCUGACUGGCACUGUCUGCCACCGUCGCGAUUUUACCGACUGGAAUCCCCGUUCAGAGAGGGAAGAGAAAGGGGGGAAACUAAUGGAUGGAGUGCCGUUAGCCAACAGCAAUACAAUCGUGUAGGAUAAGGCUGAGUGGAGAAGAAGUUUUUGGAGUGGAGUGUCGUCUCGUUUCCCAGAGAUCAUGGCGGCGGGGACCCACUCACCGGGCGGCCCCAACGGGAUCAUACGCAGCCAAUCAUUCGCCGGCUUCAGCACGCUGCAGGAGAGGCGCUCUCGGUGUAACUCGUUCAUGGGUAACUCUGUGAUCCAGAAGAAGCCCAGCUCCAAGGCCAAGAAGCCGCACGCCUCGGCCAAGAGCAGCAGCAGCAGCAGCAGCUCCAGGGACCCGCAGCCCAAGAGGGUGGAGGAGGUGUACAGCGCCCUCAAACAGGGACUGGAUGAGUAUCUAGAGGUCCACCAGACAGAGCUGGAUAAACUCACCUCCCUCAUGAAGGAUAUGAAGAGAAACUCCAGACUGGGUGUGCUGUAUGACCUUGACAAGCAAAUCAAGACCAUCGAGCGGUACAUGCGGCGACUGGAGUUCCACAUCAGCAAGGUGGAUGAGUUGUUUGAGGGUUUCUGCAUCCAGAGUCGUCUGCGUGAGGGGGCCAGUAAGAUGAAGCAGGCCUUCACCGCCUCCCCCUCCACCAAGAGCACCAGGGAGAGCCUGGCCGAGGUCAACCGCCGAUACAAGGAGUACACUGAGAACAUGAGCACCUUUGAGGCGGAACUGGAGAAUCUGCUGGGAGAGUUCCACAUCAAGAUGAGAGGUCUGGCUGGCUUUGCCCGUCUGUGCCCAGGAGAUCAGUAUGAAAUCUUCAUGCGUUACGGUCGUCAGCGCUGGAAGCUGAAGGGUCGUAUAGAGGCCAACUCUCGGCAGAGCUGGGACGGGGAGGAGAUGGUCUUCAUGCCCCUCAUCACGGAUCUCAUCUCCAUCAAGGUGACGGAGCUGAAGGGCCUAGCGACGCACGUGUUGGUGGGCAGCGUGAUCUGCGAGACCAAGGACCUCUUCACCGCCAUGCCGCAAGUGGUGGCAGUGGACGUCAACGACCUGGGCACCAUCAAACUCAACCUGGAGGUCACUUGGUACCCGUUCGAUGUGGAGGACCUGACGCUGUCGUCGGGCAAUGUGAGCAAGGCCACCGCCCUCCAGAGGCGCGUCUCCGUCUACAGCCAGGGGACGCCAGAGACACCCACCUUCCAGGACACAUCCUUCUUUUCCACGCUGCCGGAUGACGUGUUUGAGAACGGGGGGUGCGGGGGAGUGGCCGAGUGCAAGCGGCUGUCAUUCACCUUCUCGGACACGCCCGUCUCCACGCCCACCACCACCUCCAGCCAAUCGAAUCCCGAGAUCACAGUCACGCCCCCCGAGACGGACCCUCCCCCUCAGAUCUCAUUGGACGAAGAGGAGGAAGAGUUAGAGGAUGAGGAGAACAGGAAGAGGGAAGAUGUGGAAGAUGGAGGACAGGGUCAAGCAGUGGCACGGGUAACGGAGGAGGAGGAAAUAGAAGUAGAGGAGGAUGAAGACUUGGAGGAAGAGGAGGAUGAGGAGGAGGAGGAGGAAGAGGAAGAGGCGACGAGCGGGAGCGUGUGUGCCAGCGACGUGGACUCGGAAUGGGACCGGCGCACGGACAACAGCAGCAUGCACCGGCAUUCCGGUUCGGCCUCCGGCGCUCCGUCCCUGUGCUCCGGAGAGUCCUCCCAGCUCUCGGCCUCCGUGGUCGGACCAGAAGACGUGCUCUUCCUGGAAUCUGGAAGCGGCUCCGAGGUGGCCAUCGCCAUCUCGCCUCCCGACGUCAUUCCCAACCCAGACGUUCCGGACAUUCCCGACGACGUUUCCGACAUUCCGGAUGGAAUUCCCAACAUUCCCGACGGCAUUCCGGGUGGAAUUCCGGAUAUUCCCGACGGCAUUCCGGGCAGAAUUCUGGACAUCCCGGACGGCAUUGCGGAUGCGGAGGGCUCGGAGUUAAAGCCGGUGGAGCUGGAGUUGGAGGGGGGGAGUCUGACCAGGCAGCUGGUGAGGAGGCUGACGUCGUCGGAGGUGCUGCCCGAGGGAGGAGCCCUGAGCUGGGCAGGGGAGGGCAGCAGGGCCUUCCUGGAGAGCAGCCUGGAGGAGGCCAUCCAGACUCUCUUGCUCCGCCUAGAGGCCAUUCCACAGCGCUGCAGGGAGCUGCAGGACCUGGAACAGGAGGUGAUGAGGCUGGAGGAUCUACUCAAGUGUCGUCUCCCGGCGCAGCGUAGCCGCUCCUCCAGUCUGAGCCUGACGGUGGAGAGCGCCCUGGAGAGCUUCGACUUCCUCAACACCUCCGACUUUGACGACGAUGACACGGGCGAUGACGUCACUGCCGCGGGGGCGCACCCCCUCCCCCGCACAGCCUUCUUCGACGAACCAGACCGGACGGGCUCGACCAGCCCUCCGCCGGCUCUCAGCCGCGUCUGUGGGCCUGGACAGCACCCAGAGGCCAGAGGCCACCUGAGCGAGGCCCUGACGGAGGACACCGGUGUGGGCAACAGCGUGGCCGGCAGCCCCCUGCCCCUCACCACGGGCAACGAGAACCUGGACGUGGCCAUCGUCAUCCACCUGCAGUACUGCAACCACCUGGUGCAGCUCGUGUCCGGUGGAGGUGCAGUAGGAGGCCAGAGGAGGGCGCACCUGAGGAAGCUCUCUGCCCAGACGCAGCUCCUGGAGGACCUGAGUGACCUCAGCACCGAGAGACUGGCCAGCAUCAGCACAGCCGUGGACGUGUUGCCAGGCCUGGCGGAGAAGCCGUCUCUGCUGUCUCUGUGGUCGGAGUGCAGCGGGGGCUCGGGGGGCCUCUUCCACACCACCCUGGACCGAGUACUCACACACCUGCAGCGCAACUACGCACACACACUCCAGGACACACUGCCCAUCAGCGCAGACACUGUGAUUCGCCUGGUGGUGAGUGAGAUGGUGGACCGCGUUGAGCUGGCGUCCCCGCCGGCGUGCGGUUCCGCGUCGGCACUGGCCCAGGACAUCCUCACCGUGUUCCAGUUCCACAGCUACGCCUCGGAGAACCGCCUGGAGGACAUGCAGCAACACCUGCAGAACCUGGCCAAAGAAGUGGUACUAGCGGACGUGCUGAGCUCCGGGGAGGAGGAGGGGGAGCGGCUGGUGUGUGAGCUGGAGCAGGUGUGUGUGUCCACACUGUGCCCCCGAGCAGCCACCCUGCGCGCCACCGCCGCCCUGCUGGUCUCCGAGGAGACGCACCUCAGCAAGGCCGCCAUCUCCUUCCUCACCGCCGCUGCACAGCACACGCACUUCAGGUCAAAGGCUGUAGAGUUCUAUACACAGGCCUUGAGUGAGGUGGGAGUGAACACCCAGAAAGCUGCCUGUGCCGCCCUUACCUGCCUUCAGGCGAGUGAGAGCAUCAGUGCUGUGGUGUCUCUGUGUGACUCUGCUGAUGAGGACCUCCGGCACCUUGCCAUAGAGACUCUGCUCACCUUUGGUGAAGAGGGUCGUCUGGCGUAUGAGCAGCUGGAUACAGUGCCCAGGGAGAUGAUUCGUCUGGGCACACGCCGCGGCAACGCCAUCACCACCGCCUUCUGAAGAGGCCAGGGCACUCCGAGAGAGAGAAAGACUCUGGCACCAUGGAGACACACACACACACACACACACACACACACACACACACACACACACACACACACACACACACACACACACACACACACACACACACACACACACACACACACACACACACACACACACACAGCAUACUGUCUUUCUGCCUUUCCUCUCCCUCAAUCUCUCUGUCUCUCGUAUUCUCUUUCUCUCCUUCCCGUUGGCAUGAUGGGACCCUCUUAGCACACACAUACAAACACACACACACGCACACGCACACGCACACACACACACACACACACACACACACACACACACACACACACACACACACACAGGGCACAAACAGAGGAGUAUAAAUGAAUGAUCAGGAUGCAAUCAUCCUCGUCCUCAUUCAUCACUGUUCUGAGAGUGUUCAGAGAGUUCUACAGUUGGCUGUGCUGUGGUGAUGGGAUGCAAUGGGAAGCUCAGAGGCACCACCCGCAUAUUACUGGACCACUAUGAAGCCAUCUCACACCUUUAUUCCUGUGCAAUUAACAUGGUCAUUAUUAUGCAUUAUUACUCUCUGGUACUCGUCCACGGUAUUAUUAAUAAUAUUUAAGGGUAAUAAUAAUAGUCCAUGUUUCUUUAUUUAGCCGAUGAAUUAUUAACUGUUUCAGUGGUGUAUAUUCCUCUGAAUCGUAUGGGAUUUUUUAAUUUUAUUUUAUUGUAUUUUAUUUUAUUUUAUCAUUUUGUUGUUGUUGUUGCGCAUUGAAGUUGCACUGCAAGAGGCUUGUACAUUUGGCACAGCAAAAAGCGUCUGAGGAAAGGAGGCGAGUCCCAAUUCACCCCCUCUGCCCCCUUUGCACCCUCCAGCGUUUCUCGUUCAAGUGCACUUCACUUGAGAGGGCUCUGAGGAGUAGCCCAGCAAGUGUGUGUAUAUGAACGUGUGUGUGUGUGUGUGUGUGUGUGUGUGUGUGUGUGUGUGUGUGUGUG